AUUUUCGUUAAAACUCUUACUGGUAAAACUAUAACCCUUGAGGUUGAAUCCUCUGACACUAUCGACCAAGUUAAAACAAAGAUUCAAGAUAAGGAAGGUAUCCCACCAGAUCAGCAACGACUUAUUUUCGCAGGAAAACAACUUGAAGACGGCCGUACUUUAUCUGAUUACAAUAUUCAAAAAGAAUCUACUCUUCAUCUCGUAUUACGUCUUCGUGGAGGAAUGCAAAUUUUUGUCAAGACCUUGACCGGUAAAACCAUUACCCUUGAGGUUGAAUCCUCUGACACUAUCGACCAAGUUAAAACAAAGAUUCAAGAUAAGGAAG